GCUGAGUGAGGGACAGGACCGGGCACUUGGUAUUAAGUACAUUCCUUAAAGUAAUGUAAUGUUUCAUUGUGUGUGGCUUAUAGACUUUUAGGUGGAUGCUCCCAGAAAAAGUGACUUUUAAAGUUUUUGUUUGCUUCUUAAUAGUCUACCGUGAAAUGUUUAAAUAGAGAUGUGUGGGUUUCUGUGACAACAUUUAAAAGUUAGACUUUAAGAGCAGAUUGGAGCUCAGAUGGAAUACGCUGUGGGCUGCCCCUCCUCUUUCCAUUUCAGUUUCUGGAAUGUUGGGAGCCCACGUGUGAUUUGGGGGCAGGAGCUAAUGAAAACAUCGAUCUGUGUGUAUUUGCUCUGAACUGGGUAGAGGCAGGGCUGUCCUACUGCUGUAGAUCUUGUGCCAGCGUCAGGUCAUAGCUUCUCUAUGGCCAGUUUUCGGGUCACAUUGAACCUGGUGACAGUGAGGUCAAGGUUGGAGCCGCCUCCUCAAAAGGACCAGGUGUUUUUGCUCUGUUAUGUGACCACAAACUGCCUCUGAAUGCAGCUGCUGUCUCAGAGGUUCAUGCUGUAGCCCCAGAGGUCCAAACCCAGAAGUGCCAACUGCACGGCACCCACGGAUCCAUCGCUGAGAGAUCGCCAAGCACUUAGUACGUGCAGGCACUGGGGAUCCAGCUGUAGGAAGGAUGAUGCUUGUCUCUUGUCCCAUGUAUACUUAAAUCCAGCAGGGGUUUUCCCUCACAAGUGUCUUCCAGAAAAGAAGGGAUUCAUAUUGUAUUCGAACCUCUUAUAAAGCAGGAUUCUCUUCUCUGGCCAAGAAAGUGCUUAGGGAAGACAGGUUAUUCUGCUUGAAGCAGAAUUUUCCAGUGCUUCCUUUAGGUGCUUCCUGGUGAGGUCAUCUGUCAGAAAAGAAAAGAGGCAAGGAGAUUUAACACUGAUUUGAUUGAGAAAUUAUUUUGAGGAUGAGCUCAGUUAUUAAGUGUUGGGUGUUCUUACCACACUUUAGAAAAAAGCAAUGCAGCAAGUAACAUCGUAGACAUCACGAAUACACACUUACCAGGUGUGGACACUGCCAGCGGCUGCAGCCUACCUGGAACGACCUGGGAGACAAGUACAACAGCAUGGAGGACGCCAAGGUGUACGUGGCCAAGGUCGACUGCACAGCCAGCUCGGACGUGUGCUCCGCCCAGGGCGUGCGUGGGUACCCCACCUUGAAGUUUUUCAAGCCUGGCCAAGAAGCUGUGAAGUACCAGGGUCCCCGGGAUUUUCAGGCCCUGGAAAACUGGAUGCUGCAGACGCUGAACGAGGAGCCCCCCACACCGGAGCCCGAGGUGGAGCCACCCCGAGCCCCCGAGCUCAAGCAGGGCCUGUACGAGCUCUCGGCCGGCAACUUUGACCUGCACGUGGCACAAGGAGACCACUUUAUCAAGUUCUUCGCCCCGUGGUGUGGUCACUGCAAAGCUCUGGCUCCGACCUGGGAGCAGCUGGCUCUGGGCCUUGAACAUUCCGAAACUGUCAAGAUUGGCAAGGUUGACUGCACACAGCACCAUGAACUCUGCUCAGGAAACCAGGUCCGAGGUUAUCCUGCUCUCCUCUGGUUCCGAGACGGUAAAAAGGUUGAUCAGUACAAGGGGAAGCGGGAUCUGGAGUCGCUGAGGGAGUACGUGGCAUCGCAGCUCCAGAGCACGGAGAGGGGCGCCCCGGAGCCCAUCCAGCCUUCGGAGGCCCCCACGCUGGCCACUGAGCCCGCGGCCGACCAGGGCACUGUGUUGGCACUAACGGAAAAUAACUUCGAUGACACCAUCGCAGAAGGCAUAACCUUCGUCAAGUUUUAUGCCCCGUGGUGUGGGCAUUGUAAGAGCCUGGCUCCUACCUGGGAGGAACUCUCUAAAAAGGAAUUCCCUGGCUUGGCGGGGGUCAAGAUCGCCGAGUUGGACUGCACUACGGAACGGAACAUCUGCAGCAAGCACUCGGUACGAGGUUAUCCCACAUUGCUGCUUUUCCGCGGAGGCAAAAAAGUCAGCGAGCACAGCGGGGACCGAGACCUGGAUUCCUUGCACCACUUUGUCCUGCGCCAGGCGAAGGAUGAACUGUGAGCUCGGCUGGAAGCUGUCUCCUGCCUGGCCCUGGGCAGGAGCUCAGUCCUGCGGCCGCUGCCCGGUCCCUUGCGGUGGUGACUCAGAGAUCCGAACGCACUAAACUUGUGCUAUCUUCUCCAUGUGUGUGUUUUUUAAGCCAACACACUCCACAGAUUCUUUCUUAGGUUUCUCUAAGUACAUGUGUAACUCAUGAUCCCUUUGCAAACUAAAUAUUUUCAGUGGCAAGCUACCAUCCAUCCCCUUUAACCUUCUCUCGGUGAAAUCUAAAUGGUUUCCUUUGAGACUAAAAUAGAGUCAAGGAAAUUCCAAUUGCCAGACUGUUUUUGGCUUUGGAGUAAUUUUGGUGAAAGCAUCAUGCGAUGCAUAGUUUUUGAACCAUCCGCGCACAAGUUCUGGAAAGGUGGCCUUGCCUUGUGGCGAUAUUGCGUUGCUCUGAUCUGAAGGUCCCAGUUGACUUGUUAAUAACGUCGUUGGUCCGUAGCUUGGAGCGGAUUUAAAACACAAAACCCCGUCGCCUCUGGAAGAACCACUUUCCCAGCCCCUCCUGGAUCUUCUGUCUCUGUUGAUACCUCUCUCACGGGGAGUGGUGAGCCAUAAUGAAAACGGAGGUACUCCUGACGCGUGCCUGAGUAAGGUAAUGCUGAUGCCAUAGUCUUGUGUGUGUGUUGAUACUCGACCAAUUGCUUAUUACUGUUCAAGGGAUACUUCUGUCCCUCCUGGGUGAGAGAUUUCAUUAGUUAACAUGAAGCCAGAGUCCACGUGAACUUGAAGAUUCGAUGUCUCGCGUGGAAAAGUUCCACAAGGCUUGUCCCGACUAUUAACUCCUAGGAAGAUUCUGCUUGGCUUGGCCAUCUGGGGCAGGAGCCUUCCCAGGUCUGCGUAUCAGGGACCGAGGAAGCCCUGCAGCCCCACGAUGGAGCCCUAACCGAAGCAGCUUCGGACUCAGCAGUCCUUCUAGAGGCCGCGUCCUGUACUUCGCCUGCCUUCGAGGAGGUCAGUCUUCUACUGUAAGAAGAGUGGAAUUAACUUGACCUCAAGAUCAAAGGAGGAGAGAGGCAGGGCCGAAGUAGGCCACCUUACCGACGUCCGCAUAACCCACGCCGUCCUGGUUGAUAAGGAGCACGUCGACCCUCACCCUUGGAAGUCCGCAGCUGUGGGACGAGGCUCCCUCAAGGCAUGCGCCUGUAGGUUCUUCGCCAUCAGGUGCUCCUCGUGAUAACACUCGUCACCCCACCGCCCACGCUCAGGAGAUGUGGCCACUUGGCACAAAGUACCUGGUGGUCAGGACCUUAGAAACAAGACCCCGUCCGCUGUGCACGGCAGACGACAACAGGAUCCCGGCCAGCCUCUGCCUUAAAGAAAAUCUUUAUUAAUCAUGUAUGGUUCACAGAUGUUCUUUAAAAAAGACCCCAACUUUCUAGAGAAGCACAAUCCUCAUGAGUGGAUUCAUCUUUGCAUCGUGAGUCUUGCUUUAAAAAGGAAAUCAAAGUGGUACAAUUUGUUUACACUAUGAUACUUUCUAAAUAAACUCUUAAAAAAAAAAAGUCUGGUCUUUCCUUAAA